UUUCCUUCAGAAAUUAUUAAAACAAAGUUUUUCUACAUUUCUUGCUAGCUUAUACAAUGCAUAUUAAAGGAACUACAUAUGACAACCCUCCUGAUGAAGAUUCUACAUUGCUCAAGAAAAAGCGUCAAAGAAUCAAAAAAGAGAAAAAAAUUAUCAAGCGUCAAAAUAAAAAAACUGCCAUUCAGGAUCAGACAAUUUCCAGCUCAUCUGAAGUUGCUGGGGAAGAUAGUCAUAAUGAAUGUCCUGAGUCAGCUGAGCCACAACUUAUCAAGAACACCAGGCAGGAGAAAAGCUUGGCCUUCUCUGCACUCUGGAACAACUACAUCCCGAUGCCCACCAUGCUGGCCAGACAAGAUGGCUGGUACCUUGAGAUACCAAUAGAGGUAUCUGCACCUAAAGCUAUAGUCAACAUAGAGACACGAACAAAGUUGAAGGAAUUUGCAGCGGAACUCUACAAAAAUGAGCUUGUUCAGUAUGAGAAAUAUGAGGAGAACAGCGGCGACCGUGAUAUCCGUUUCCGGCGCCAAAUUUUUGCCCAGGGCGCCAUGAAGGACAGGAUAACGGCACACAUCUUGCAGCUCACAGAGUGGCCUGUCCAGUCAUUGAGUCACUUGGCCAAGCUGUGUGAUUUUGUGUCUGCAAAUAAAGAGAGUCAUCUUAAAGAAAUAUUGAAAAGCUUGACGGAGGUACUGAACAACUCUCUGUUGCCUAAAGGUUUAGUAGCAAAACAAUUUGAAGAGCAUGAUUUUAAGAAGUUCCUGCAGCCUCUCAUCACAACGGACAGGCAGAAGGCGUACACAAUACUCAUGCUUUGGUACUAUGAAGACCAGCUGAAGCUUCUCUAUACUCGCCUUGUAACUGCUCUUAAACAAGUGGUGUCGUCUGGUAGCCCCUCUGCGAAGCUGACGGCCGUGCAGCUGCUGCUCCAGAUGCUGGGUAAUCAUCCUAAGCAAGAGACUGAGAUAAUCUUGCAGGUGUUGACCAACAAACUUGGUGAUUUGGAUAAAUCGGUGGCCAACGCCGUCAUCUUCGGAGUGCGCAAUUUGAUCAUCAGGCGACCUGCUCUCAAGAACACGCUUGUCGACGUCUGUGCAGAGUUCCUCUUCAGACCAAACCAGCGCAAGAACACCCAGUUAAACUGUAUCCAACUUCUGAAAGACGUCUUCUUUACUAAGGAUGACGUGGGCCUCGUGCAGAAAAUGAUCAGGCUUUAUUUUGGCUUCUUCAAAGCCUGCACUAAAACUGGUGAGGUAGACGGUAAACUGAUGUCAGCGAUAUUGCGGGGCCUGAACCGUGCUUUGCCCUACGCUACGAACGCUAAAGGCAGGGAAGGCAGCAGCUUCCUAGAGGAGCAGUUUAAUAUGCUUUACAAAAUAGUGCACUUCACUAAGUUCAACAUCAGCGUGCAAAUUCUGCAGCUUCUUUACCAAGUCCUUGUCAAUAUGAACCCUGAUGGAGCUUUGCCUGAGAGAUAUGAACGCGUGCUGUAUGAACGGCUGCUGUGCCCCGAGCUCAGCCGGUGUGCGGUUGCGGGGGCCUUCCUGAACGUCGUCUUCAAGACCAUGAGUCGCAUGCAGUGCCCCCAAACCCUCACCGCCUUCGCUAAGCGUCUUCUUCAGAUAUCGUUCUAUCAGCCGUCCCACUUGGCCAUCGCCAUGGUAUUUGUGCUACGGGAGACUGCGGUUGACAACGCGCUCUUACGGGACUUUCUGAGGAAAAUUGAUGCAAGAAAACCGACAAGGCUGCCGUCUGCUAAAGCAUCUAUGCAGGCAAAGAAGCCUGUUGUUAGAAAUAACUCAGCUGGUUCUUACGCUGAGCCUGACGAGUUUUUUUAUGAUCUCGAUGUUGAGGCUAACGACAAGAAAGGUAGCACAUCGGCAGGGAGAGGCAAGAAAAACUCGUCCCGCUUCCCUCACAUGGUCGGUAAAGUAGAAUUGAAAAAGAGCGCGUCUGACGACCGCGAGUCUGGCAGUGCUGGCCAGCGUCGGCCGACACGUAACGACGAGCCAGUCGCGUACGACGCACACCACCGCAACCCUAAGUACAGCGGCGCCGACACCACGCAAGUCUGGGAACUGCGCAACGCUUUGAACCACUUCCACCCCUCGUUGGUGGCGUUCACCAAGAAUCUGGUGGAGAAUGAGCACACGAAGUACGCUGGCGACCCUCUCAUCGACUACUCGCUCAUCAAGUUCUUGGACAGAUUCGUAAACAAGGCUCCCAAAAAAAUUACCAAGACCAAAACAGGCGGAGGCGCGGCAGCACUGGGCGCCAAGAGCGCCUACAGCGGCGACAAGAAGCGCACGUCUUGCGUCACUUCAGACUACUUCCUCAGCCUGCCUGAGCACCGCGUGCCUGCAGACGCCUUGUUCUUCCACAAAUACUUCACAUCGCACAAAGCCAGGUCUUCUCGAGCCGCCAAAUCGGAGCAAGACGACGACGAGUGUGAAGAUUUGGACGAGGAAGAAUUUGAACGCUACCUUGAGUCGGCGGCGGGCAAGAAAGGCGUCACACAGAACCCUUUCCAGCACGACGACGAGCUCGACGAUGAGUGGGACUUUGCUGCCAACGCUAAGGCUCGUGGUAACAGAGAUGAUGAUGACAGCGAUUUAGGAUCGGACGUCAGUGAUGUUGAUGAAGAGGAAGAAGGCAAUGAGAACCAGAGUGAUGACGCAUUGAGCUUCGAUGGGGACCAGGAUGAUGUUGAGGAUUUGAAUGAUUUGGAUGAUGAAAACUUCAGUGACGAUGACUCGAGAGAUGAUAGUGGCGACGAUUUCAAGGAUGAUGACGAAGCAGACUUCGGCGACGAGUUUGAUGACUUAGACGAUGCUGAAGACCACGGGCACAUGUUCCUGGACGAUGAAGAGAUGGAAGAAAAGCCCCAGCAAGCCAGGAAAAAAAUUGAGAAGAAACUCAAAGCCGUCGCUGAUAAGAACAAGAGAGCUAAGCAGGCAAUCAAGAAUGAAAGGGUAAGGGAAAGCGCACAGGCUGAGAAGAAAAACAAGAGCGUUAAGAGUACAUCAGACAAGAAGAAGAGCAGCAAGAGGAAGAGGGAUAAUGAUGAGUGGACAAGUCUUGAUGGCAAUGAUUCUGGAGAUGAUUUUGGCCUAGACUCUCGCAAGAUGAAGAAACUGGAUGACAUGGUGUUUGGUAAGAGGAAAGAACGCUCAGCGCGAUCCCUUGACGACAUGAUGAUGGAUGCUGAUGAGUUCACCGAGCUGCUCCAGAGCAACGAGAUCCGCGCGCCUGCCAUCACGAGCUCUGACUUCGUCAACACCUCUGGCAUUAGUCAAAAUCAACUGAGGUGGGAGAGGGCGCAUGCCAGUGACCGUCUUAACAUCAAGACUAAAAAGUCCGUCCGCUUUAGUGGGUCCAAGGUAGCUCGCUCGAAAGCCAGAAACGGGAAAAAAAUGUCCCGCAACUCCAAGUUUGAAAGUGCGCGACCAAAUCGUGGGGCACAGCGUUCAAAGAGAGGCAGAAGAUAAAAUAAAGUGAGCGAGUUA